CACGUUAAUUUCAAACUAUACAACCAUGUUGUCCAUCAUUCUUCUCGUCUCUACCGCGAUAGUGCCAUUUACUUUUGCACACUCACAUAUCGAUGAAAUCUGGGCGAACGGCGUUCACUACGCAGGAUGGGAUCCAAACCCCGCAGGCCCAUACAAUGCGCAGACCCCAGGGUGGUUCACUACUAAUCAAGGUGGUAACCCUCUCUAUCCGAUUGAUCUGAACCAAAACCAGAUCAUCUGCGCCAAAGGAGGUUCUCCUGCCAAUAUUUCUGCACCCAUUCCCGCGGGAGGCGUCGUCCGCGUCAAGUGGUGGCAACCGGGAGAGUGGCCCGUCUCUCAUCAUGGUCCAGUACUUUCGUAUCUUGCACCAUGCAACGGCCCUUGCUCCAAUGUCAAUCCAACUAGUCUUCGAUUCGUCAAGAUCGGACACAAAGGCUGGAUCAACCCAUCAACCUACGAUGAGGGCUACUGGGCCUCCGACGAGCUCCGCGACGAUGACAAUUCUUGGAACAUCAAGAUACCCACAGGACUCAAAGCUGGAGAAUAUAUCUUGCGUCACGAAAUCAUUGCUCUGCACGUCGCCCACGAAGGCACUGGCGCUUACUCGCCAAAGGGGGCCGAGUUUUAUCCACAGUGCAUCAAUUUGAAGGUAACCGGAACUGGUACCAAGACUAUCACGGGGGGCAAAAGUGCAAAAGGUUUGUACGUUGGAAAUGAACCGGGCAUUCAGAUUGGAAAUCUCCACCAAACCUCAGAUCAUGCCGAUUAUGUUAUUCCAGGGCCAGCUGUCUGGUCCGGUGCUCUCACCGCUCGCUCCGUUGAGUCGUGA